AUAUGUGUGGCAUUUUUGGAUACGUCAACUAUAAAACUCCAAAGAAAAGACAAGAAAUCAUUCAAAUCUUGUUAAAAGGUACCUUUUUUUUAUUAUGUGAAUAUGGGAGUUGGAAACUAUCUGAAAUAGGACUACAAAGGCUAGAAUAUCGAGGGUAUGAUAGUGCAGGUUUGGCCUAUGAUGGUGAAGAAGAAGGAGCACCUGUAGUAGUUCGUGAAGUAGGUACCGUAGCUUGCUUAGAAAAGGCUGUCAAUGCAGAACUGAUAGGUAAACCUUUGAGUGUUCGUGAACGCGUGUUUAAUAGUCAUGUUGGGAUUGCACACACUCGCUGGGCGACACACGGCGCACCUUCUGUUAAAAAUAGUCAUCCACACUCGUCAGACCCUACUCACGAGUUCUUGGUGGUGCACAAUGGAAUUAUAACCAACUAUAAUCCUCUCAAGGCAAUGCUCUUGUCAAAAGGUUACGUAUUUGAAACAGAUACUGAUACAGAAGUUGUAGCAAAACUACUCAAAUACUUUCAUGAUUCUAUUCGUGAAGAUGGAGAACCUCCUACUUUUGCGAGGCUGAUGAUGUAUGUAGUUCAUGCCAUUGAAGGAGCUUUCGCACUUCUUGUCAAAUCAAGACACUAUCCUAAUGAAUUGGUUGCAUCGAAACGAGGUUCUCCACUUGUUAUUGGCAUAAAAAGUGAAACGACAUUUGACAAGGAAACUUUUGAAGUGGAGGCAUCAGCACCGCUUCUUCCUGAUUCCGACUCGAGAGACUUUUUAUUGGAAAACGGUCGAAUAUCAAAUGAUGUUGCAAGUCUUGAAUAUCGUUCUUCUACAAACGAUAGCAACUCAUCUGGCGCCUUUUUUUCUUCAUUUUCAAGACCUUCAAAAGGGCUUCGCUUUGUUUUAAGGAAAGAAGCAGCUAAUAAGAUUGAAUUUUUCUUUUCUUCUGAUCCAAGUGCCAUAAUAGAACAUACUAACAAAGUAUUUUAUCCUGAAGAUAAUGAUGUAGUUUAUGUCAAAGAUGGAGAUAUGGAAGUGUUUUGUUAUUCGAAUGAAGACCCUUCAAUAGCACGAAAUAGGCUUUUGUCCACAAUCGACCUGGAACUCGAAGAAAUCAUGAAAGGACGGUUUGAACAUUUUAUGCUCAAGGAAAUUUACGAACAGCCAGAAAGUGUACAGCAAACUAUGCGUGGUCGUAUUCAUAAACUAAGCAAUGGGCAGUAUGAAGUACAACUUGGAGGAAUCCGUGAUAGGUUUUAUGAUAUUUUGAGAAGUAAUCGUAUGAUAUUUGUAGCUUGUGGUACAUCAUAUCAUGCUUGUUUAGCCUGUAGACAAAUUAUCGAGGAAUUGACAGAGUUGCCAGUAUCAGUAGAGCUUGCCAGUGAUUUUCUUGAUCGUCGUUGUCCGAUAUUUAGAAGUGAUGUUUGCAUUUUUGUGAGUCAGAGUGGAGAAACAGCAGAAACACUGGAAGCCUUGCGUUAUGCGAAAAGUCACAAUGCAUUGACUGUAGGCGUAGUUAAUGUUGUGGGAAGUUCUAUUGCUCGUUUGACAGAUUGUGGUGUUCACAUCAAUGCUGGAUGUGAGAUUGGUGUAGCAAGUACUAAAGUGUAUACAAGUCAAAUAGUGGUCUUGAUAAUGAUUGCUUUGCAGUUAUCAGCAGAUUCUCGCUCAAAACUGCAAAGAAGAGAGGAGAUAUUUCAAGCUCUUAUUUCUUUACCUUCAAAAAUAGAGACAACUCUCCAGUUGGAUUCGCAGAUGAAGAAGAUUGCCCACAGUUUGGAGUCUCGUUCUUCCAUAUUAUUGUUUGGUAGAGGAUAUCAAUAUGCCACUUGUCUAGAAGCUGCUCUCAAAAUUAAGGAAGUGUCCUAUAUGCAUACCGAAGGUAUUCAUGCCGGUGAGUUAAAACAUGGCCCAUUGGCACUCGUAGAUCAGGAUAUGCCGGUCAUACUUUUCGUAACCAGAGAUUCUACCGCUCGAAAGGUGCAGAAUGCCCUUCAGCAGGUUAUAGCUCGAGGUGGCUUUCGAAGUAUGAUAGUUGUAUGUACUGAAAAAGAUGAGGAGACAAAAAGAUUGAAAAGCGAGGUAGAGCUUGUUCAAGUUCCUGAAACUGUUGACUGUUUACAAAAUUUGCUCAAUAUCAUUCCAUUCCAACUUCUGAGUUACCACUUAGCAGUACAGCGAGGUCAUAAUGUAGAUCAGCCGAGAAAUUUGGCCAAAUCAGUUACCGUCGAAUAAGCCUUGGAGAGAGAUAAAAUCUAUUUAUAAUUCUUUAUCUUUUUAUGUGGACCAGAAGAAUAAGCUUGUUGUGGUCUUGUCCGAUAUUCGUUCAGCAAAACAUACCUGUUACAUUUAUUAAACGUGUUGGUUUUAUUCGUUGCUUACAAGUGUACCCUUACAACGUGAAAACUUG